AUAGAAUACUCACGAUAUAACCUGGUGGAGACCAUUUAAACUCGAAUAUAAACUGGUGGAGACCAUUAAAACUCUGGAAUUUUUUUGAUUAUGAUGAUUCAAUGAUAUAACUUUUUUAUUUUUGUGGGAUAACCUGGCAGUUUGUGAGUUUAAUAACUCCGCCAACACACUUCAAAGUUAAAAAAAAAAAAAAAAAUAAUUUUCACAAAAUAAAUGGAUGAAUCAAAUAAUAAAACCUCUUCUACGAUUAGAAAGAACAUUGAAACAAGUUUUAAGGCGCUCGAAGGAUUUCUCACGACAUCAAAUGGUCUUAAAGACAAAAGCACUGCUUGGCGACAGCAGUCGAUUAUUGUGAAAUCCUUUGAUGAAGCACUGGCAAAUGAUCUAAUGGAACGUCAUUGGGAAUAUCACAAUAAUUCUCCUAAUGAUGAUGACAAUCAUGAAUUGUACAAAUUUUUGGAUAAUGUAUUAUCCGUUGAAAACAACAGAGAAGUAGAAUUUCCCAAUCUAAAUGGCAUGGAAUUUUCAAAUAAUUUCAAUGCAAACAAUGAAAUGUUCGAGGAGAUAUUUACUGAAAAUCCAAAACCCAUUAAUAAUAGUGUGAACAAAUCAUCAUAUCAGGAGACAUUAAGCGGUAGACAACCAGGAUCAUCAAGCAAAAAUCGCAAUACAAUGGAAAAUUUCCUACAAGAACAAAACUCAAAAGAUAAUCCCCAGUCAUCAUUUUCUACAGCUCGUCAGCUUUUAAAUGUGCAAACAUUAAAGAAACAGGAGAAUGGGCCGAUAAAACAGCAGCAUCAUUUAAAUAAUCAGCCGAAGCCAGAUAUAGGUUUUAAUUUUUCAGCUACUAAAAAAUCUUUAGGAUCAAUGGGUCGUGUGGUCAACGCUACUCGUAAAAGUUUUGUUUCACCAGUGCGCAGUGUAUCAAAAACAACUGGAGAUAAAGAUUCAGAGUCAAGAAAUGAGGAAAAUGUAGACCCUGAAUUGGCAAUGUUACUAACACACCCAGCUUUAAAAAAUGUAGACAUCAAAAUGGUUGAACUAAUAAAUAAUGAAAUAAUACAUAAAUUUAAACCUGUUGAUUGGAAUGAGAUUGCCGGUUUAGAAUAUGCUAAAUCGAUUAUAAAGGAAGCAGUGGUAUAUCCUUUAUUACGGCCAGAUAUAUUCACCGGUUUACGAAGACCCCCUAGAGGAAUAUUGCUUUUCGGGCCACCGGGUACUGGAAAAACGUUAAUUGGAAAAUGUAUAGCAUCUCAAUCCAGUUCAACAUUUUUCAGUAUUAGUUCGGCUUCAUUAACAUCUAAAUGGAUGGGGGAAGGUGAAAAAAUGGUUAGAACUUUAUUUGCCGUUGCCGUAGCACGACAGCCAGCGGUAAUAUUUAUAGAUGAAAUUGAUUCGUUGCUGUCGCAAAGAUCCGAAAAUGAAAAUGAGGGAACACGACGUCUAAAGACAGAAUUUCUUGUGCGUCUUGAUGGCGCUGCAACAUCAGAUGAUGAUCGUGUUUUAAUAGUUGGCGCCACAAAUAGACCUCAAGAAUUAGAUGAAGCUGUAAGACGACGCUUUGUAAAACGUCUUUAUGUUCCUCUGCCAGAAACAAAUGCUCGCGCUGAAAUUUUAACAAAUCUUCUUAAGACAGUUGAAAACAAUUUGAAUUCAAAUGAUAUUAAAACAAUAGCACAAUUGGCAGAUGGUUACUCUGGUGCUGAUAUGGACAGUUUAUGCCGUGAAGCGUCGAUGGAACCCUUGCGUUCGUUACCAGCUGAAAGUAUUAUUACAUUUCGUAAGGAGCAUCUACGUCCAGUGGAAAAAGAAGAUUUUUUCACAGCUCUUAAAAAGAUACGACCUAGUGUAUCUCAAAGUGAUCUUAAUCAGUAUGUCGAAUGGAAUAAGACGUAUGGUUCAAGUUACUAACCGAGUAAUUUCUCGUAUCAUAAAGUGUGAUGGUUCGAAAACACUUUGUUAAUAAAUAUAGAACCGAUAAUGCUGAGGAAUAGUUUGCAUUCCAUUUCAAAAAAAAUUAUUAAAAAAUUGUUUAUUUAAUGAUAAAAA